GUGAGCAGUGCAGAGGUGAGACCUGAAGUGCUACAGGCCCAGAAGGAGAUGGCAGAGUUACGCUGCCAACUGGAGGCAGCCAGAGGAGAAGCUGAACGCCUGCACUGGGACUUGCUAGAGGCACGGAAGUUGAAGUCGCAGGAGGAGCGAGAACUCAUCGAAUUCAAGGCUUUACGUGAAAAG